CAGUUAUUUACGAGCAACAUAUGAUCCAGCAGGCUCAAUAUGUCUGACACAAAAGCCGCCGAUUUGCUGCAGUUCGCUCAAGAAUAUGCUUCCAAAGAUGUAGACCUCUAUGAACUUCUCGGCAUCGAUGCCCUAACACCAAAGGAAGACAUCCAUCGCGCAUGGCGCAAGCGAUCUCUGAAAUACCAUCCCGACAAAGCAGGCGACAACUUCGAUGCGGAAAAAUGGCAGCUUUUCGAACGCGCCCGCGACAUCCUAUCCGAACCAGGGGCGCGCGGCGCUUACGACGGCGCCAUCAAGGCUGCCCUGCUACGAAAACAAGAGCGCGAGACCAUGGACAAGCAGCGCAAGGCUUUCGUUGACGACCUCGAGGCGCGAGAGAAUGCUUGGAAGGUACAGAGAGAGGAAAAGGAGCAGCGGGAGAAGCAAGAGAUCGAGAAGGAGAGGUCACGAUUGGUUGAACAGAGACGCAUGCGCGAGGAGGAGGAAAGGCGCCAAGCCGCUGCUGCGCAAGAAGUCGAAGACCUUGCGGAAGCACGCCGACGACUGAAGGAGAAGAAAGAGAAGAAGAAACAGGACGAGGCGAGAGAGAAGUUUCUGCGCAAGUCACGAAGGGCCGCGGAGGCUGCAGACGGCAAGCCUGCAUCUGGACCGAUCAAUGGUGUCAUGGAUGUACCAGGCGAUUUCCCGGUUGACUUCGGUACUGAACAAAAGUUUUACUGGGAGCUUGUUUGCGACAAACUCCGCGCGGUUCAGGCAGUCAGGAAUUUACGGCAGAAAGAAGCGACCCCUGAAGAGUACCAACAAGCGGAGCAAGGUCUACUGGAUGCCAAAACGAGGAUACACCAGGCUGAGGUUCGAUUUGCGGAGCAUACAUCUGUUUCGUAACUGGGAAAGUCUUUUAGAGAAAGGACACGGAUCAAGGUUGGUAGCUAU